CCAUCUUCUCUGCUUCACAAUUUCCUGUCAAAGAAUCACUUUUUAUUGAAUUCCAACAUACAGGAAUUAGAGAAGUCUUUGGUUAUACUGUUAUCCUUCAAAAUACCCCAGAAUUCCCUUGUUUCUUUGAUAUGUGACUGUCCUGGGGUUUUGGACUUUCAGUUCCUCAAGAAAUGGGAAAUGGGCUUCUCAAAUUUUGUGCUUUUGAGUUCUUCCCCAUUGAUGAUUAAGAGUGUUUUGGAACAAUCUAAGAGAUUUCAGAUAGACCCAGAUGGUUUUUUUAAGAGUGUGGAGGUUUUGAGGGGUUUAGGUUUUAUUGAUGGCACCGUUAGUAAGGUUUUAGAGGGCUUCCCAGGAGUGAUUUUGAUGAAUGGGAAGGAGAUUCAAAGGAGACUCGAAUUCUUGGCCGGAAUCGGAAUUCCAAGGGAUGGAAUUGAUAGGGUUCUUCGUUCUUUUCCAGGGUUUAUAGGAUUUGGGGUUGAAGAUAGGCUGAAGCCAUUGCUUUAUGAGUUUAAAGAUUUCGGCUUUAGUGUGGAUGUGAUUAGCAGAGAGAUUAUUAAAGAGCCAAGAAUCCUUAGCAUGGAGUUGGGUGAAUUCUCGCAGUGUUUGGAAUUCUUGAGGACUUUGAAAUGUAGGGUACCAAUCAAGGAGAAGAUUUUCAGUGAGGGAGAAUUUAGAGCUGGGUUUGAAGUGAAACUGAGAGUCGACUGCUUGUGCAGAUAUGGGUUGAUUCGUAGAGAGGCUUUUGAGGUGUUGUGGAAGGAACCAAGGUCAAUUAUAUAUAAGGUGGGGGAGAUUGAGAGAAAGAUUGAGUUUUUAAUACUUAGGAUGAAAUUCAAUAGUCGUUGUUUGGUUGAAGUUCCAGAGUAUUUGGGUGUGAAUUUUGAGAAGCAAAUAAUUCCUCGGCACAAUGUGAUAGAGUAUUUGAGAUCAAAAGGGGGGCUUGGUUAUGAGGUGGGGUUAAAGGGUCUGGUCAAGCCUAGCAGGCUUAGAUUCUAUAAUCUGUAUGUCAAGCCAUAUCCGGAUUGUGCAAAAAUGUUUGGGAGAUUUUCAGGAGAUGUUAAAGUUCAAAGCCGGCAUCCUGUUGGACUAUGGAAACUUUUCAAGCCACAAAGAUAUCCAGAAUCCAAAGAAGAUGUGAAGAACACAAAGUUAUUUAUGGAAUCUCUGGGUUAGUAUUGCACUGAUUGUGAGUAACUCUUCAUCGUUCAAGUUGAGGAUUUCACCAGGUAGCCUGUUGCGUCUGUAAUCUGAAUGGAUGCAAUAAUUGUUGGUGGCAUGAAGUGUCUUCUGCUGCAUGAAGGGCAUACUUGUUGGUAUACAGUGAUUUGGCUUUGCGACUUGCCUUUUGUGAUGCUUGUAGAAAAUUUUGCGAAAACUUAGUUUAGUGAAUCGAAAUCUGGAUAUGCAUUGCUGAUACAUGAAUCAGUUUCCUUUGUAUCAAUACUACUUCAAAAGAGAAGAAGCGGCAGUUUUUGCAUAGACGGGCAGUUGAUCGAAUGGCUGCCUGCCAGUAUCUUUGGCAGGAAAAUUAUACAACAUGCACAUACCAAGCAUCCGGUGAUGUGAUAUGUAUUUUUUUACAAAAGACAAGACAUAGAAUGAAGAAGCUAGUAGCAGUGGGGCAAACAACAAUAAUGUUCACUUUUACAAGCUCAAUCAACAUUACUGGAUUUGGCUACCAUGAUUGGCUGUUAACGGUCCAUGAAUCACGAGAGAUAUCAGGAAGAUAAGGAAUGCAACAGCUUUGAUGUCGAGAUACCUCUUGAAAACCUGGCUUUGCAUUUGAAGGAGGAACUGGGGGUUUAGAGGAAUUGAAUAGAUUUGCAGGGCUUUGAAUGUUUUGCUUAGUCAGGGAAGUUAUAGGCAUAACAGCAUCAAACAGAUGUCCAGAACUUGCUGAUGGAAUGGUUGAGUGCAGCUAUUAUUGCCAUGGAUUCAUUUCUUGCACAGAUGGCUGCUGAUCAUAUAAUUCGAUUCGAUUUUCAGUUGGAGCCAUGUCUAAACUAUUACACAUUGCAUUUGCAGAAUGUUGAUGUAGCAAACCCACUUGUAGCUUGACAGUUUUACCAACCUUGCGACUUUUUAAAACUCAACUCCAUGUAUGUGAUGUCUCAAUAAUUGAUUGUUGAAGUUCGUUUUGCCA